UCAUCUUUUUCCUCUGUUUCAAGCUUACAGUGAGAUCAGAAAGAUGAGUAGCUCUGAUCAAUCUCCGUCGCACAACGUCUUUGUCUACGGCAGUUUCCAAGAACCAGCCGUCGUAGGUCUGAUUCUUGAAUGUACUCCGGUCAUCGUCUCAGCUCAACUCCAUGGCUAUCACUUGUAUAGACUCAAGGGUCGUUUGCAUCCAUGUAUAUCUCCUUCUGAGAACGGUGUAAUCAACGGCAAGAUACUAACUGGAUUAACAGAUGUUCAGUUAGAGAACUUAGAUAUGAUUGAAGGAGAUGAUUAUGUGAGGAAGACUGUUGAAGUUGUAUUGACUGAUACUUGUGAGAAGAUGAAUGUGGAAACGUAUGUAUGGGCUAAUAAAGAUGAUCCUGAUAUGUAUGGGGAAUGGGAUUUCGAGGAAUGGAAGAGGCUUCACAUGGAGAAAUUCAUCGAGGCGUCGAAGAAGUUUAUGGAAUGGAAGAAGAAUCCGGAUGGGAAAAGUAGAGAAGAGUUUGAGAAGUUUGUACAUGACGAUGAUCCUCCCACCUCGGCUUGAAGGAAGUGGUUGGUGUAUGUGUUGGUUUCAUUUACUUGCAAAUAAAUUAGUCUCAUUAUAAUGAGAAAUAAGAGGCUUUUGUGAGUUGUGGGGAGGACAAAAGAAGAUGUUGUAUCUUAUAUGGUUUGUGAACAUUGUUGUGUUUGUAUGUUAAGACAGAAGAUAUUUGAAGGACCACACUCUAUGUUCUUGAAUUAUAUUAAAAAUUUUAAAACAUUAUCA